UAAAAAUGUAUGCCCCAAAAUGUAAAGAGAAAAAUCAUUUUGAGAGGGAAGUAACAUUAUUUUGUCUUCAUCCUAAAUGUUAAAAGAAAUGGGGAUGUUAAAAGUGUUUAAGUUAAUAUCAUAAAUCUCAUAUUGAAUGUUGCAUAAGUGUUAGUGAAUUUGAAGAUUAAGUAGUAUUAGCAAAGAAGAGAAUGAGAGAGAUAGUAGAGAUGAAAUUUUCAGAUGCAAUAAUUUAAUUAGAUGAGGCAUCAAAACUAUUAGUGAAGAAAAUAAAGGAUGUAAUAAAUAGGGUACAAAAAGCUUCAGACAUAAUUUAAGAUUAAAUAUUUAAGGAAUUAGAGUUAUUUGAUUAUUUGAUUGAUGGAUUUUAGAGUUAAUCAUUUACAACAUCUUUAGAAAAUGAAUAUUUAGAUAGAGUGAUAGAAUUAAUGAAGCCAGAGAAAUUAUAAUAAAUGGCAGAUCAUAAAUAAAGUUAAAUAAAUUAGUUGCUUGAUUAUUCAAAAUAAGUGUUAGAAUAAGCAAGUAAAUUUAAGAUAUACCCACUUGAUGAAAUAGCAUUGGGAAUAAAAUUAAAAGAAUUUUAGGAAGGUUAAUAUACAUUGGCAGUAAAAGAAUACAAUUAAAAUAAUAUUGGAAUUUGUUAUUUGUUAACUAAUGGGAGAUUAAAUAAGAUAGGUUAAUAUGAUAAUGGAGUAAGAUCUGGAAUGUGGUCAGAAGUGUUGUAUUAUAAUAAUAAUAGAGAUUUCAGUAUGUAUGAGAAUAGCAUAAUAUAAGAACAUUUCGAGGAUAAUAUUAAUAAGGAGUAAGAGUGAAAAAAUGGUAUUAUUACGAUUAGGAUUAAUCAGUAAUAGGAGGAGGUUAAUUUUAAGAGGGAUAGAAGGUUGGAUAAUGGAUAGAACCUGAAGUAUUUUUAGGAAAAUGGGGAAAGAUGUAAUUAUUAUAAGAAUAAUAUAUUAGUGUUGUAAUUAAUAAAGGAGAAUAUGUGACUGGAGUGAGAGAUGGCGAAUGGGUUACUAUUUUUGGAAAUAGAGGUUAAGUGUAAGUAUGAUAGUAAAUAUCAGAGGAGGCGGAAUGUAUUAACAGGGUUAAAAGCAUGGUUUUUGGACAGAGGUUGAAGGUUACGCUGGUUUUUGGUGUUCGAUAGGAAUAUUGAAUUAAGGAGAAUAUAUAAAUGGAAUUAAAGUUGGGUUGUGGAUGAUAUCAGAGUUGAAUGUUGGAUAGAUGUAUAUAUUUCAAUUAAAUAAAGUGGUGGAGGAAAUUACUCUUAAAUUGGUUUGAAAGAAGGUUUAUGGACAGAAGUUGAAGUUCAUGUUGGGGUUGGAUGUUCAAUGUAUUUAUUAAAUAUAAAUAUUAAGAAUUUUAUUACAUUUUGGAGAGUAUAAAGGAGGAUUAAAAUAAGGAAAUUGGAAAGUGCUUGAUAUAUGUAGAAAUUAGAUUGGGGGUGGAUUAUGCAAAGGAUAUAAAAAAGGAACUUGGGUAGAGAUUGAAGUUUGUGUUGGAUGGCGUUGUUCAUAGUUAUUUGAUUGAUAAAUAAUAUUAGAAUUUUAUUGCAUAAAGGACAAUAUAAAAAGGGAUAGAAAGUUGGAGUAUGGAACAUUUACAAAGAAGGAAAUGAUACUAUUUUAGGUGGAGGAAAUUAUAUAUAAGAUUAGAAAGAUGGAAUGUGGACAGAUAUUCAAGUAUUUUGUGGAUAUUAUAGUACUAAGUAAAUAAUUAUUGAUUAUCUUAAAGAACCUUAAUAUUUACUGGUGAUUAUAGUCUUGAUAGAAAAAUUGGUAAAUGGGUGAUUUCAGAAUAAUUAGAGGGAGUGAUGUAAAUAAUUAAUAAUAUAGACUAAGUGGAGGAGGAUUAUAUUCUAGAUCUGGAGAGAAGGAAUCAGAUUGGGUUGAAAUAGAGAUGUAAGUAGGUUGGAGAUGUUUUGUGUAAGAAUAUACAAUAAAAAAAGAAUUUUGAUAUCUGAAGGAGAAUAUAAUAAUGGUAAAAGAUCAGGAUUAUGGAUUACUAAAUUAUAUAAAGGGAAUCAGUUAGGAGGAGGAUGUUAUAAUAAAUAUGGAUUUAAAGAGGGAGGUUGGAAAGAAGUUGAAGUUCAUGUAGGAGUUGGCAAAUAUUUGUAUAAAGAUUAAAUUAAAUAGAUAGAACGUUAUUUCAUAUAGGUGAAUACAUAAGUGGAAUUAGAACUGGGACUUGGGUUGUCUAGAAUGAAUAAAGAGAGAUUGUGUAAAUUGAUUUAAUUAUUAAGUUCUUCUGGUUUUUAUACUAAAUCCGGAAGUAAAGAUGGUGAAUGGGUGGAAAUACAAGCACAUGAUGGUAUUGAAGAUACAAUUACUUUAUUACAUUAAGGAGAAUAUAAUCAUGGAGUUAGAGUUGGUAGGUGGAAUAUUUAAAAGGCAAAUAAAGAAUUAAUGUAUCCAUUAUUAUUAUAAUUAUUGAAGUGGUGGUGGUAAUUAUUCUUUAAGUGGAAUUAAAGAAGCAUAAUGGUAAGAAGUUGAAUGUCACAUUGGAUAUAAUUCAGAAGUCAUUCUCUAAUAUAAUGGAUCCUAUUAAAAUGGAUUAAGAUAAGGAAAAUGGGUUAUUACUAAAUUAGGUGGAGAAUUUAUGUAUAAGUUUUGUUAAUUAAGUGGUGGAGGUUAAUAUAGUGAUUUUGGAAGUAAGAUGGGAUAAUGGACUGAUAUAGAUGUUAGAGUUGGUGGAGGUUGUUAAAUGUAUUGAUGUAUUGAAUUUCAUAUAGAAUUCUUAAAUAUUAUGGGAAUUAUGAUGAUGGAAUUAGAACAGGUGAAUGGUCUAUUACUUAACAUGGUUUAAAUACAAUUAUGUAAUUGAUCUAUUUAUAUUUAGUGGUGGAGGUAAAUAUUCAUCAAAAGGAAUUAAGAUUGAUGCAUGGAUUGAAAUUAUUCCACAUAUUGGAUAUUGUAAUCUAAUGUAAUUUUAUAUUUAUUUAAUUCAGUAUUCUUAAGUAUAUUGGAAAUUAUAACAAUAAUAUUAGAGUUGGUUAAUGGGAAAUUAUGCAUUAAUAAUAGAUGUAAUUUUUCAUUAAAUGAAUAAAGUGGUGGUGGAUCUUAUUUAAUAAAUGGAAUGAAAAAUGGUAGAUGGAUUGAAGUGUUUCAAUAAUAUUUUGAUAGUCUUACAAUUUUAACAGGAGAAUAUGUUAAUGGAAAUAAAUUCUAAGAUUGGGAAUAUAUUGAUAAAUUAUUAAAAGAUUUAUGA